GUUUAAAUGGAUACUGGUAAAGACAAAAGGACCUACCGGUAUCUCCACUUCACUACUUGUACUCGACUGUUUCAAUUCUCAAGCUUCAGUGCAGCACUCGCUCAGUGCUUGCUUCACAGCCCUCUCUUCCGUGUUCCCCGCGAACCACAAGACGGAAAUGCUCCACCACGUGCAGUGGCAGAGCUGUGGAAAUGAAAGCAAGGCCAUUAUUCGUCCCAUCUUUUGGGCAAAGGGGGGCAUUGCCAAUAAUGCACAGCCCAGACAGCCCAAAGAACCCCUUGGCAGUAGAACGCCUCUAGGCUCUUUGCAGCAGUAUUAGAGCGAACUGUGAGUGCUGUAGGGUAAGGCAUAAGCCUGUGGUUUUUCCACCCCUCUCUCUCCCUCUUCUGCGAACAAAACACAAGGCGAGCGGACUGUGGGCCUGUCCAGCCCAGCCCAGCCUCUCUCCCUACCAAGCUGCCAAACCCCAGAGCCGCUGAACUGCAUUUCGUUCCAGUACCAAGACCAAGACCAAGUGACCGACCGAUCGGAGUCGCACGUCUAUCUGGCCAUACGAACCAUCCUUCACUUGACCUCACACACCUUCCCGAGAACUCUCUUCCAAACUUGCUUCUUCGCCCACAAACCAAACAUAGUGACAGGACAGAAUAGGACGGACCUAGUAACAGUAGCCAGCCAUCGCGACGAUCGACCACGCGCCCGAUAAGAACUGGACCUUGCGAUCCCUGGCCGCCGACCUUGAACCGAGACGUGAGGCCACUGACGGCGCGGGAGCAAUGGGGGACGAUUUCGUCGCACCCGUGAGAGCUCUACUCAAGGCUUUGGAAGCAGGAAUCAAAGUCGCCGGCAGGCUCACCUCUUCUGCAAGCACAGUACCAGCUGCGCAAGCGCUGCAGAUUUCCGAAGCUGCCCAGAUCCUGCAGAAAUCGUUGGACCGAAGCUCCCAGGCAGUUGUCGAUGCCUAUCGUCAAAAUGCUGCAAGAUGCGGAGAGCCAUUUACCAGAGCACUGGUUGAGGACAGUGAGUUGAUUCGGCUCUGGCUCAUUAUGGGGAAGCCCUGUUCGUGGUUGCUUGCUAACCAAACGAAUUCUAGAAGCGAUCCAGAACCAGCUGAAGAACCUUAAGAACGAAGUUCGAGAUAGAAUCGACGACAUCGAGGAGGAUCCUGUAUCUUUUAGCCCGGCACAGUGCGUGGAUGCGCAGGAGGAAGCACAGAACUGCAGCACGACAUGUAUAAACAUAUUGAAUGCUCUGCGAGAUCGAUUGCUCGCGACCCAGGACCUCGCGCAGGAGAAGCCGAGAGACGACAGGGCACAGCUUGCAAGCAUGAGAGUAGAGCGCUCACCUACACUACGGAAGCCAUUACCACCGUCGGCCUUGUGUACUUCCCCAGUUGACACCCUUCAAGCCGUUUCGCCGGUGGUUGGAAGUCCCCCAGAGCCAAUGAAGCCUAAGAAUCCAUGGGCUAUCGAUAGUCCUUCACAAUUCCACCUGGGUGCGCCUGUGGGUAGCCCUGGAGGUCUUUCUCAGCGACGCCAACCUUCUCGAGAUAUCUCGCCUUCGUCACUUCCCGACGCAGAGAAUCGCUUAAUAUCCAGGGAUGUUGUAAGGUUUCGCGUUGACGCAAAUGAAGAAUUCCUCGAAAGGAGGAGACAGUCAAGACUAUCAUUUCUCAACGAAAUACGGAAAUCCGUAUCUUCCAUCGACGAGGAGAGAGAAAGAGAAUCCUUCGUUGAUGGUCCACUCAUCACUUCGCCUGCACUGGGCAGCUCAGGCAUGGCUACAAGUCCUAUCAGCGGUCCACGGCCUAGUUUCGGGUAUGGCACUUUGAUGACCAGGCAAAGAAGCCAGGCUUCGCAAGGAUCGCGGCAUAGUUCUAUUCCAGAGCGUCCAUCUCAAAGAAAAGAUAGCCAGGACUCGAUAUUCGGUCUUCGAGCUGCGCCGUUGAGCCCGCCGCUCAGUGAACAUCGUAGCUCGGGGGGUACGGAUAAUCUCACAUGGGGAAGCCUUGGAGGAGGCGCUCUGGCUACGACUCUUCAGACUCCGGAUUUUGGGAAAGGUGUUGAGCCGGGCCUUGAGGUUGCGAAUGGAAUUGACUAUGAGAAUGAGAAGAUAGUUGUAGGAUCGGAUGAUGUCUACCACCAACCUACGCCAACGGCAUCUAUGAAAUCUAUAGAUUAUCCGAUUCGGCAUGAUACUUCUUUCUAUAAGUUUGGUGGUUUCUGUGAAGGAGCCAAGGCGAUUUUGAGGGGAGAGAAUGGCUUGAAGAUUGUGAAGAGGCCAUCUGGCAACUAUAAUGUAGCUUUAUCGGCGAGGUGUAUAAAGUGUUCGUAUGAAGUGGGUUGGAAUGAGGUGGAGAAGGACAAUUUGCUAGAACGUUCCGGAAUAUAUGGCAAUAGUGGGAUCAGAUGGCGACAAAGAUUCAUAUCCAAAUGCCAUCUCAAGACAAACUCUGUAGAAGAACCAAUCUACGCCUGUAUAUUCUGCAUCGACGAGCACAAAACCACCGAAGAACAUGACGCCACAGUCUUUUUCUCCGUUUCUCAACUUUUCCGCCAUCUUUCGAAACACCAACGGCCCCUCCCAAACAUUACCGGUAUCACAACCUUAUACGGCUUCCAAGCCCCUGAAGUUGUUGAUUUUGACAUCCAUUUCACCACACCCCACCCUUCAACUUCAGCAUACAGCAUGAUCGAAAUCGCCCAGAAAGUAGCUACCCGGCCUUCAGGUCAAGCCACCAGCACUCACCACCCCAAGAACACUCGCAGCAGCUCCCGAGAUCCGGAAGGGAACCCGGUCCUCAAGUUCGCAAACGGAGCCAGAAUAGUAGGUAUCACAUUCCCCGAACGCUUUGGCGGGAAAUGGUGUAUGGGAUAUCACGACGGUGAGCGAGGCGCUUUCCCAGCAAGCGAAUUCAUGCUUGAUACGCCAGCCAAAGAAGACGUCCUCAUGAACCCACAAAGCAGCUUGAUCGCUACAGCGCGAUGGGAUUUCAAGCCAAAGGACACCAAGGAUGGAGGAUGGUUGAAAUUCAGCAAGGGAGAUAGGAUAAGUUGUAUAGGAUAUACCUUCCAGGACCAGUGGUGCUGGUCUGGUCAAUCCAGCAAAGGCAAAUGGGGCCUUUUCCCAGCGGCUUUCGUGGAGAACCUACAAGAUGGGGGAGGGAGGUCGUCGAGUUUGGGCAUUGGAAGUGGAAGGAUAAUGGGUUCGAGUCCUACGAGUGGCAGGUUAUCGACUAGUGCAGGCUCGAGGAGUGGAUUUGGCUUGUCGAGCCGUAUACCGAGUUUCCCACUAAGUCGAAAUCGGAGCUCGAGGCAGAGCGUUGACAGGAGUAAUGUUAGUGUGAGAAGUUCAGGGAGUGCGGAGAGUUCGAACCAUCAGCCGGGAUUGGAAGUUUAUACCGGGCGGUGAUGUACCCGCGAUGAAAAGAUGGAGUUUUUAUGAGGUUUAUUUGACGACAUGAUUGCACGACGUGGGAUGAAAAGGCAUGGUGUUGGUGGUUCUGGGGUUCUGAGCGAGCUAUUACUGCAGCGGAUUCUUGGAUAUGAGCAGUUGGAGUGGAGCAGGAGCAUUUGUUUGUAAAUGUAGCUUUCUUUCACGAUACCCUUUCUUGUCUGAAGGUUCCGAUAUCCAAAGAGGAAUGAAAUUUCUUCAGUAUGCAGAGAAUUUUCCAUGAGCUACGAUUAUGGCCCCUUUCGGCGGAGAGAACCAGUUAACGAAUACCAGCUUGGAGUACAACACUACCAUAACUCCGGGCAGUCACCUCGAACCGAGCUGAAGGUUUUGUAGAUGUUGGCUACAUGUCACCCAACAGAGAACAUGGGUAUAGUCGAUAUUCAGCAAAUACUUGAAGUUCCAUAGUAUCUAUUGUAAUUUAGGCGCUUUUC